UUGAACACUCCCGUACGACCCAGGCCUUCUCUUCGUUUUCGGGAUCAGUUGCCGGCGGGGACUGCGGUUGGAGGGGUUCCUGGGUGGGCUGGGCUCGACUACGUCGGCUUGCUCGACUCCGUCGGCUUGCUUGACUACGGGCACGGACUGCUGUUGGAGGUGUUCCUGGGACGGAUCCUGGGUGGGCUUGAGCUUGACUCCGUCGGCUUGCUCGACUCCGUGGGUUCCAUUUUCCUUGGCAUCAUCAACUUGAUCCUUGGGUUUCUGCCCACUGCCGCCAGUGUUCACCGUUGGUUUCGCCACGGGAACCGACGAACCACCGUGGCCAUGCUUCGCGCUGGAGGCACACACAGGAAACAGCCAGAGCUCAAGAUGUACGAUCUUUCACUAUUUCAAGGGAGGGCUGAACAAAAUGAGCAUCAUAAGGUAGCAUCCAUACAUGGUAAUUGUGGUAGUGCUCAAUCUGAGCUUGAUUCUGUCCGCCAUAAGAUGAAAGAGUAUGACACCCAAGUUAGUAGCAUUGUCAAGGAACAGCAAAAGCAACUGCACAAAAUUACUGAGAUCAAGCUUGAGCAAAAGAAGUUGGAAAAUGAGUUGAAAAGAAUGGAAAUGGAACACAAUGAUUGCUCUACUAGAGUUGAGAAACUGCUGGAGAAGCAUGCCUGGAUUGUAACUGAGAAUCAGUUAUUUGGAAGAAGAGGAACUGAUUAUGAUUUUGAAUCACGUGAUCCUCAUAGGGCUAGGACGGAACUGGAGAAGCAGAGCAAUCAGGGCGACUAAAGGGUUAUUGCGACAGUGCAUUCUAUUAUUUAACCUCAGGGUUAAUAAUGUGAAAGCAUGCAACUUUUUGCCUACCUUCCUGCAUAAGAAUAACUAGCCUUCUGUUUUGUGCACAACACAUGCUUUUCUGCAGACUUUAGAUUUGCAUGUUCUAUUACCUAGUGAUGCUUGUUCCUUAGUAUUGCUUUUUUAUAUAUGAAC